AUGGACGGACCAGAACUGAAACGGGAGAGGGAAAAGGCUGGGAAAACCGUCAGGUUUAGGGUUGCGUCCGCCAACAGCGGCCGGGUCCUGGCUGAGGUGUUCAAGGAUGAAAGGACUUGGUGCCGCUCAGUUUCAGAGUCGGUGGACUCUGACGGUACCGGCAGCUCAGAGACAGAGCAGGUCAGCUCGCCGCCCGCCAGUGAGGCCAACCGUCACCUGAACGGGCUGCAGGCUGCUGCGGACGAGAACGGCGGCGAACCCGAUGACCUGCUUUUAUACGCCAGUGCCAAGAGAGAGAUGCUGUUCACCAACAAGAGGAUCAACAUCUGCAGCAAGAACGGGACGAUCCGCGGGGUGAGGAACAAGGUGAGCGCAGGACAGGUGCUCUUCAACAACCUCUCCAAUAUGUACUCGGGAUCUCGUCAGAGAAGGUGGCCCUGGGACAAGGAGUAAGGAACACCUCCAAGGAGAAGGAGUCACAAGUAUCCAGGAAGUCCGGUUGUUAAGGAAGAGUGCUUCUGCCAUCAAAACUAACCCAAUGAUCAAAAGUUUCAGACACAAUAUUCAAAUUUGUUGUUUAAUGAGAUGACGACACAAACAAAGUCCGAUUGUGAGCAUCAAAUCAAUAGAAAGAUUUUAUUUGUUA